UACCGGCGUCCCACUCAGAUAUGCAAGAGUCAGGAGACAUGAGACCUGCCAAGCGAUCACGGGUUGCACUUGCAUGCCAACGUUGCAAGAAGAGGAAGCAGAAGUGCGAUGGCUCUCACCCUACGUGCUCCAAGUGUAAGCGUCUGGGAUUGACGUGCGAAUAUGUCCUUCCUCCGAAGCCGAUGCCGUUUGGCAGAAACCAUUAUGUAGCUACCUUGGAGAAGAGAGUCGCUGAGUUGGAAGAGUUCUUGGCGAAGAAAGACCUCAUAGACCAAGUCUCGUCGUUCAAUCCCUACGAUCUGAGAGAUGUACGAAAUAUCCCUGAAAGUGGAAGUGUAUCCAACUUCGGGUCUGAUCCUUCCGCGACUAGUCCCUCGAGAAGGAAAAACUCAGCAUUUUCGUUCAGUGAAAUGGAAUCAAGGUCAAGUGACAGUGAGGACGGAGAUUCAAUGGUGCGUAUCUUGCGAGAUCUCUCGCUUGAGACUAAUGGAGGGUAUAUCGGUGCCACUUCGCAAAUCACGAUGGGCAGACUCGUCGGCUCCAUCGUCAAGGGAAAGAAGUACAGUAUUAGAGAAGACCUCAGCCCGAGUCAAAUUACCUAUACUCCAGAGAAGGACGGUUCAACAGAGUUUCCCUUGUCGGACGUCCCACCGUAUAUUGCAGAUCGUCUUCUUGACGGAUACAUGAAACAUAUUGCCACCCGUUAUCCAGUCUUGCACUCCGCAUGGAUACGGGACCUACAUUCAAGACGAAACUUUAUCACCAAUGCCUACGAACGGAGUACGCUGCAUUUGAUCUAUGCAACAGCUGGCCGUUUCUUAGAGACAACAGGAGAGACUGGUCGUUCAUAUUUUCCAGAACGUCAUCAAGCUGAAGUGCUGAAAGAUCUUGAUGAGAUGCUGAGAUACCACGACACGAGGUCGGUUGUUACUUUAUUGCUUCUUGCUGUCUUCAGCUUGCGGGCCAACAGUGGUCCCGGAGCAUGGGCGUACGUUGGCUUGGCAAUGCGAAUUGCCAUAGACCUAGGACUUCAUAGACAAAUUGCAGCCAUGAACAAAUUGGGUCUAGACGUUGAAAUGAGGAAACGGCUUUUCUGGUCAUGUUACACAAUGGACAGGCAAGUGUCAAUUCCUCUUGGCAGACCAUUUGCCAUAGCCGAUCAAGAUAUCGAUGUUCAGCUCCCGCUCGAUGUAGAAGAAGGCUGUCAGGAUAUUGAGGCGUUGGAGGAAGCAUCAAAAAUAGAUCCGAAUGAGGUGAGAACCCAGUCAACAUCUCUGACCGCCUUCUUGCACGUUCUUCGGUUGCGAAGAAUCGAGUCGAGUAUCCAACAGACUAUCUAUCGCGUGGACCAAGCCACGAAUGUUACAGACUCAGAAAUUGAGUUCUAUCUUGACCAGCUAGAGAAGUGGAAGAGCUUGAUACCCUUGGAUGCGAAGAGGCAGGUUGAUCGAGAGGUUGUCCCUUUUGAUGGAUACGAUUGUUAUAUGAUCUUUUACUACAAAUGCCACAGGCUGCUCUUUUAUCCACUAAUAUCAAGACCUCAUGUCAAUCCUCAGUUCUUGAAGAGAUUCGCGGAAGUAUGCGGUGGCGUAGCCCAGACUUACAAGCGUCUGCAUCACACACUUGCUGUAGGUUAUUCUUUAAUGGCAUUGCAGACCGUAUUCAUGGCCGGUCUCACCCUCAUCUAUUGCACGUGGAUCUCCCCAGAACAGAUCUUUAGCAGCGUUACAAGCAAUGAUAUCAAUGCUUAUAGUAUUGUUCUGUUUGUCAUCACCGAGCGCUGGCCUGCAGCCAGGAAAUACCGCGACACGUUCGAAGCCGUCAAACACAACGUGAUUGGCCCGUUAGCUGAGGGGAAGAAUCAUGGACCUCGGCAAGUGGUUGCUUCGUUGAAAUCAAUCAUUCCCUCAAGUCUACCAUCCGUUGCCAUGGGAGAAGAUGGACAGGAAUUCUCACGCAUUGUGACUGAUAUGUCUGGUCAAAAUAUAGUGAACGAGAUGUUUCAACAGCCUGGAGGAGCAUUUGCCAUCGGCAUGGAACAGGUGCAGUAUCAGUCGGGUGAUCUACUUGGAUCGCUACCAGCAGAACCCAACUUCGAGCAGUACCAAGGUCUUGAUACGGACAUGGACAAUGAUAUGGAAGUCAUCGAUCUUCUCAAUCAGUGGCCACCAAACGGGCAAGACUUUUCUGUUGGGUUUGAGCCAUUUGACCUUGAUACGUAUCCUCUCAAUAUGGCUGGUGGUAAUGGGUCUUCAAUGAGAUAAACGUGGGGUAUGGAGAUACAGUAAGAUUUUACCCACACGACAAUGUCUUCGGGUUGUCACAAUAUAGUCUUGAGGCCACCUGACACUCUUGAGGAACUGUUAUCAAUCGUCAAGAUUCAAAUUCAGACAGCACCAUUACUCUUCGUCUUCAGUCCAUUCGUAUCCUUUCCCAGCACAGCCUCAUCUUCUUCAAACUUGAACUUACUGCCAUAGUGGUCGGUUCUUAAAGCAUGCUGACCUAGCUGUCUCAGCAGAUUCUCUCGAAAUGUUCCACCCAGAACAGCAUAGUCUUCAAAAAUCAAUCCUCGCUCAAUCAGAACGGGUCGUAGUAGACUCACUACGUCUUCGAAACUUCCUGGAUUACUGACAUAGGCAAUAUUGAAACCAUCAAUGUCUGCCUCAUCGAUCCACUAUCAUGUACAUUAGCG